GACCAGGCAGGAAAGAGGAAAACAAGACUCCUCACUUCCGGUAAUCUUCGCGCUCAAACUACUCGCGUGGACGUCGGCUGGCCGUGGUUCAGUUCGUCGGUGCCGCGCACAGACCCGGAAGGGACGCCGCUCCGGUCCAACGAACGAUGUCUAAAGAGGUUUUAAAUGAGGGGAGCCAGCCCCAGUCCCCCUCCCAGGUCCAGUCCACCUUGUCCCCGUCCCAGGUCCAGUCCCCCUCCCAGGUCCAGUCCACCUCCCAGGCGCAGUCCACCUUGUCCCCGUCCCAGGUCCAGUCCCCCUCCCAGGUCCAGUCCCCCUCCCAGGCGCAGUCCACCUUGUCCCCGUCCCAGGUCCAGUCCACCUCCCAGGUCCAGUCCACCUCCCAGGCGCAGUCCACCUUGUCCCCGUCCCAGGUCCAGUCCAAGUCCCAGCCCGUUUCCAGCUCGUCCAGCGGCCCGUCCUCAGGCAGCCAGUCUUCGGGGACACUGAGCAGCGUGGACACACUUCCUGUCACGCUGCCGUCCGUCCCCGAGGAGCCCGAGUUCCAACCCUGGGGUCGCCUGCUGCCCAUGGAGGGCGGCUUUCGCGCUCACGAUUGUGUAGAGGACGAGUACUUGUUUGGACGUGACUCCAAAUGUAAUUAUGUUCUGGAUGAUCCUGACCACAAAGGAUCUUUACGAUACCGAAUUUACAGCAAGAAACAUUUCAGGAUUUACAGGGAGGACAGUGAGGUGUUCAUCCAUGAUCUCAGUAACAAUGGCACCUUUGUGGACGGGAUCAAAGUGGGGAAGAACAAGAAGCUCCCGCUGGUCAACAACGCCGUCCUGGCGCUGUCGGAGCAACGCAACAAAGUGUUCGUCUUCAUCGACCUGAUGUCGGACGAGGACGGCGCUCUGCCUGGCGAGCUUCGGGACAAGUACCUGCUGACUCGGCGGAUAGGGACAGGAGUGUGUGGCGAGGUGCGGCUCGCCUUCGAGAGAUCCACCUGCAAGAAGUUUGCAGUGAAGAUCAUCAACAAGAAGAACUUCCAGUCCGAAGGGACGGCGACACGUAACGCUCAGACAGAGAUAGAGAUCCUUCAACGCGUCGACCACCCCUGCCUCAUCAAGACGCAGGACUUCUACCAGACGGACGACAGCUUCUUCAUCGUCCUGGAGAUGAUGGAGGGGGGGGAGCUCUUCCAGCGGGUCAAAGUUCAGCAGCGACUCAGUGAGCCGGUGGCCAAGCUCUACUUCUACCAGAUGCUGCAGGCGGUGCAGUACCUGCACAGUAACGGGAUCAUCCACCGCGACCUGAAACCGGAGAACGUCCUCUUGUCCUCGCAAGACGACGACUGCCUCGUCAAGGUGACCGACUUCAACCAGUCCAGGAUCCUGGGGGAGGCGGUGCUGAUGCGGACGCUGUGCGGGACGCCGUCCUAUUUGGCGCCCGAAGUCUUCACGCACGGCGCCACCACGGGGUACAACCUGGCGGUGGACGCGUGGAGCCUCGGCGUUCUGCUCUUUGUCUGUCUGGGCGGGUACCCCCCCUUUCACGACAACUUUGGUCCACAGUCCGUCACGGAGCAGAUCAUCCGAGGAGAAUUCACCAUGGUGACGUCCAAGUGGAAACACGUGUCAGACCAAGCCAAAGACGUGGUCAGGAAGCUGCUGGUUGUUGACCCCACAAAGAGGAUGAGCAUCGAGGAAGCUCUCCAGCACACCUGGCUACAGGACCCGACCAUGUUGGCGAAGGCGCACGCGCUCAUGUACCCGCCUUCUCCCCCUGAUGUCGCCGUGGGGGCGGAGCCAACCUCUUCGCGUAAGAGGAGACGGGAGGGCGGCGAGGGCGGGCGCCCGGCCAAGCAAGCCCCGCCCACCGACCAGCUGUGACUUCAAACAUUUCCUAAUAAAGUCUUUUAUUUUUUCA